CAUGAGGUCUCUGCUGACACUGUCAGUGCUGUUGGCUCUCAUAAGAGAGGACAAGGGAGAAAAACCAGCAGUGUCUCUCCUGCCGAGGUUCCCAGAUGUGUUUGUAGGAGAUGACAUCACUCUGAUCUGUAAACGAGGGAAUGGAACGAUAAAAUGGUUCAUUAAUGGAAAGCCAAAAUCACAUCAGGAUUCUCCAAUGCUUCUUACAGCAGUGACAUCUAAAGACAACGGGGAGUACCAAUGUGAGCGGGGCGGAUCGAAGAGCGAUCCGUAUAUACUCACUGUCGAAGAGCUGGAGCCUCACGCUCAGCUCUCUCCAUCUAUAGGUGGCGCUGUGAUGACCAAAGGUGAUGGAAGAAACCUGGUGCUGCAGGUGGACGAUGAUCCGAAUGGCUGGAAGUGUUUUGUGUGGCGGGGAGAGAGCGGCUUCACACUAGGAACCUCUGCUGAUAAGAUGAAGAACAGGGCUGUUAUAAUUGCAGAAUUGAACGAAGCAAAAAGAGCCACUUUCUGGUGCAAGAACGGUAGACAACGAAGCAAUGCAGUGACGCUGAAAAUGACAGAGCUCAAGGUGAUGUUGGACCCUCCAGCCGUUCCUGCACUGCUGGGGGAGAGUGUGGCUCUCAGGUGUGCGGUCUGGGGUGGGAAAGCGGACAGAGCUGUAUUCUAUAAGGAUAAUAAGCAAAUCGCAACCACAACAGAAGACACAUACAUCAUCACCAACGCCACACAAGAUCAUGCCGGACAGUACAGCUGUCACGCCACCUACAGGUACAGCCACAUCAGUGCAGAAGCUGUCCAGCAGGAAGGAGAUUCUGAUGCGCAGGAGUUAAAAGUUAUAGGAGGGCCUCCUGCUCCUACAGUGGAUUCAACGUCUCCUAAGAGUCUGGAGUGUUUCUGCAGAGACUGUCCUUCUUCCUGCACGUCCUACUGCUGGUAUCAAACAUUUCUUAAUGACUCAUUUGCACGCCAAAGACUACCUGAAAAUACACAGAUUAUUACCGUGGAGGAAGGAGGACUGUUCAGCUGCCGGAUGGAGUGUGGGAAAGGAUUCUCCCGUUUCAGCAACAUUUACAGCUACAAAGGUACCCCCAAACACACACACACACGCUACUGAAAAUUUGAAAUGUUACUUUGGCAUAAUUGGCAACUAAUUGAAACAAAAUAAGUUAAAUCUCAGCUACUUAAUUUCAGCUAUUAAUUAAUUUCAGGUUUUAGUUUAAUGAUAAUAACCUGUAA